UUCAGUUAAAUCAAUCUAAUCAGUGGUAUGGUAUUCAGUAGCCAACUCGGUAUGAAUACUUAAAUUAAUUUUGUUAUUUUUUUAAAAAUACGAGUAACAAUUUAAAUUGUGUUGGGCUUACGGUGGAAUAUCAUGAACCGGUCGUUUGUAUGGAGUACAUUUGUCGUCCUGGCGUGGUGCAGAGGCUGCACUGCUUCAGAAUUACCAACAGACUGGGAAGCGUACAUUUCUCCAGAAAUCUUGGAGAGAUAUGCCGGAAAGCCGCCUGAUAAUUCUUCGGCUGAGCCGCAAUUCGAGGAAGACAUCCUGGGCAUCGAUCUAGCUGAGAACGAGAUGAAUGCGUCGCACACAGAUAAUAACUUUUUUGACACCUCGUACUCGCGUUGGCCCAGUGGAAUCGUUCCUUUUGAAAUCAGCACAGCCUUCACUGAAGAAGAAAGAUUUACCAUCCAAACGACCCUAGAAAAAAUGUCUAAAACCACCGGGAACUGCAUUAACUUCGUUCCUCGCAUGCACCAUCGGGACUACGUGCAGUUCGUCCGCAGCAAAGAAUGCUCAUCCUAUAUCGGACGUCAGACGAGCGGUAGGCAGCUGAUUCGGCUAGCUCCCGCAUGCGCCUCAGACCCGGGAGACAUUCAGCACGAAGCAAUGCAUGCGCUAGGUUUCUGCCACGAAAUGAGUCGUCCUGAUCGUGACCAGUAUAUAAAGGUUAUUUACGAAAAUAUACCACAAGAAAACUGGCACAAUUUUGAAAUUCGGGUGCGAAAUACUCGCACUUUUGGCCUGCCUUACGAUUACGCUUCAAUUAUGCAUUAUCCAAUUUUUGCUUUCUCCAAAGACACGACUAAACCAACCAUAAUUCCCACCAAAAAGCCAGCACAGUGCAUUGGACAGAAAUAUGGCAUAAGCUACCUGGAUGUGUUGAAAAUCAAGAUUGCUUAUGGCUGCUUAGACGAAUCGCAGAUCAAAUCAACUAACUGGACAAAAUAUUUACAAGAGAAUACAAUGUGCUCGAAAGUGGCUUUGCGACCCAGUGAAGGUUUUGAAAUUGGCAAGGAUUACUUUUCCCCGUUAAAGACUCACAGGUUAACCCUGCAAACCGAUAAAAACCUCGUAAUGUAUCGCGAAUGUGACGGGAAGUCUGUAUUCGCUACUUUUACUUAUGGUUUUCCGAAAGUCAAAGCAGUGUUGAAUGAGGACGGGCAAUUUGAAAUGGAAACAUAUGUGAGCGCAAAGGAAUCGCAGCCACUCAGAUACUGGGGUUCUGAAACAUGGGGGUAUCAAGGCUCAGAACUGUUCGUGUCGGACGCGGGAUACUUUUACUUAUGUAAUUACGCACACGGAUGUUAUUGGCGCUCUAGCGGCCAUCAUAUUCGCGGCUGCAACGGAACUACUAACUAUUUCCCAUCCAUAACGUACAAAUAUCGAGUGAUCAUCAAAUCCGGAGAGAACUUGGACCUCUCAUCCACAUACCUCUCUUACAAUGAAGAAUUUAGCGUGACAGUACAUAAACGAAGAGCGAUUGUGGUAUGGCGAAGAUGUGAUAAUCGGCAAGCAUUUCGAGCAGUGGCCCGGAAAGCAAUAACCAGCAUUACCCUACAUGGGACAGGUAAUCUAGUGGCAUAUGCGGCGGAUCAGUCGUAUGUCUGGUGGUCGGGUACUGAUGGAUCCAGCCAUUUAAAGCCGGAGCUACGACUGUACGAUAACGGAUUCCUUUACCUGUGCGAUGUUAAUGGAUGCUACUGGCAGUCAAGUGGCUUCCUGGAUAAGUGUUCUGCAAAUACGCGCAAAUUAUCGCACAAACACAAAGUGUGUGCGACCUUAUGGUACGAGACAAACUAUACAAAAGGAGAGACUCCAGUCGUGGCAGGAACGGAGAGCAACGUAUACGAAACUUCCCAAGAUAAAUUUAGUUCCGCUAAGGUAACUUUGGACUGCACUUUGGUGCUAUAUAGUCAUGUGAACUAUGGUGGAAUUUCCACCGCUUUUACCUCAACUGGCCCAACAAAGGAUGGAUAUCGCUGGUACACGUUUCAAGGCCAAGGAUGGGAUAAUACUGCCCGUUCGCUGCGAUGUUAUUGUUCACGAGGGCAGAAAAUCGUGGCCGCUGUUCCACAUAAACAAACUGAUUUGGAAAUACAAGAAUCGGUCUGUGCUACCUUGUGGUGGGAGUCAAAUUACACUGCACAGGAGACGGUAGUGGCUCGCAACAGUGAUUUUAAUCUGGACAAAACUAUGCAGGACAAAAUCAGUUCCGUCAAGGUGACGUUUGGUUGUACAUUAACACUUUACAGCCAGAUAAAUUUUCUCGGAAAUAUGACGAGUUUCACUCCUGUCCGGGAUGGAUAUGGAUGGUACAGCUCGCUCGGAAAAUCUUGGGAUAAUACUGCACGCUCGCUAAUAUGCUACUGUCGUGAUCACCAAGUGUCGGUUCCUACAAUAACGAUCGAAGCUGCAGGUCAACAGGAAUCACUGUGCGCCGUUCUAUGGACAGAUCCGGACUUUACACUGGGAGAAACAUUGGUGAAUAAUGGUGCAGAAAGCAAUCUAGAUGCUAGCCUCCAUGCUAAAUUUAGUUCAGCUAAAGUUACACCGGGAUGCACACUAGUGGCAUACACUCUAAUCAAUUUCAAAGGAAAGGCAACGGUUUAUUCUCCGGUGAAUGAAAGUCAUAUUUUCUUUUUAUUCGAGGGUGAUGGGAAUACCACGGCGCGAUCUAUUAAAUGCUUUUGCAGUUCAAAUCAUCCAAGAGACCCAACGUUGAUGCUCACUUCUGAGACAAGUUAUUCCCAGGCUCCACGAUGUGCCUUUUUUUGGCUGGAUGCAAAUUACGAAGGGAGCUCCUGGUAUAUAGAUGCCGAUACAGAAGGCAAUAUCGUCGAAGCCGCCAUAAACAGUGUCAGCUCCGUUAAGGUCACGCUUGGAUGUGUACUGGUAUUUUAUAGCUCGAAAAAUUACAGAGGAAUCGCCACGGGUUUCUGCCCAACUGUAGAGAACGAGUUGCACUACUCUUUCCAAGGCCGAUCCUACGACAAUACUGCACAAUCAUAUCGGUGUUUUUGUUCUCGACUAAAUCCGGAAAAUAAAGCACUCACACCAGAUAUUGGUGCAGAGCGUCCCAACUUGCAGGAAGGACUGUGUGCUGUUCUUUGGUUGGAACCAAACUUUACAGGAGUCGAAAUACCAAUCGGAAGAGGAACUGCUGCCAACCUGCAUACAAGCAUUCAUGAUAAAGUCAGCUCUGCAAGGGUUACAAAGGGAUGCCAGCUAACUAUCUACUCGGUAACCGACUUCCAAGGAAUUUAUGCACCUUUCAGCCCAUCCGAGGUAAAUGGUCGCUAUAUCUUUGAUAAUAAAAAUUACGAUAAUACUGCACGGUCAGUUGAGUGCUAUUGCUCUCUCAAACGGCGGGCACUUUCAACAAGUAUGCCAACAUUGUACGCCGGAGAAAAGGUUCCGCGGAAGCCCGUGUGUGCAUACCUGUGGCUGGAUCCGGAUUAUUCAAACGGGGAGACGACAAUAGCUGUCGAUGAACAAGGAGAUCUGUCAGUUCAUUUGCAGGAUAAAUUCAGCUCAACUAUUGUGACGGUCGGCUGCACGCUCGUAACAUACAGUUUGACCAACUUUAAAGGGAAUGUCACGGCGUUCACUGCUACGGGCAACGAAAAUAAAGCGUUCUGUUUCCAAGGACAGAGUUAUGAUAAUGAUGCGCGAUCAGUAAAGUGCUACUGUUUUUAGAACCUUCGCACUGUUGGAUUAGUAAUCGAAACAGUAUGUCGUGCUCUCUUCUCCCUUCGAUGCUUCUA